AUGAAGAAAAUUAUAUUAUUUAUUUCAGUAACUUUGUGUUUGUUUGGACUUUAUCAUACUUUGAGUCCAAGAGUUGUAAUGGAACAUUCAGUGAACGUUUCAAAAGGAUUGGAUCAAAAGAGAUACAUUAAGAUUAUUCCUAUUAGUGAUGUACAUUUGGGGCAUUCAAUGAGUGUUAAGGAUUUUUCAAAUUUGAGUCAGGACAUUUUGAAUAUUGUAAAUAGAGAUCCAGAAAAUACGCUUGUACUUUUUAUGGGAGACUUUUUCACUUUUGAAUCAGAAUUUAACGUUGCCUUCGAAGAUGCAAUUUAUGAAGGAUUGAAACCACUCCAAUCCAUUCACAAGAAUGUCUAUGUAGCUCUAGGAAAUCAUGAUAUAGAUCUUCUGGAUACUGUUCUUUACCAGCUAAAAAGAUUACAAAUUACAAUUCUUACAGAUGAAAGUUUGGUAUUGAAGAAGAAACGAAUUCAAUUGACAGGUUUCAAUUACUUCUUUAAGAAUGCUGACAUUUUAUCUAAACAAGUAGCAAGUAAUGCCAAGAUGGAGAAGGAUGUAGAUUUAAGACUUUUAUUAUUACAUAAUCCUUCUCACUUUAAAUAUGCUGCUAGUGAAUUGAAUGACAAGAUUCCAUCUAUUACUUUUAGUGGACAUUUUCACGGUGGACAAUUCAGUGCUCGUAAUUUCUUCAGAUCUCUAAGGAUAGGUUUUGUUGAGGCUAUUACUGGUCAUCCUGACUAUGAAUGGUAUGGAUUUGAUUUUGAAUCUGAAACUGUCAAGUCCCUUAGCUCUAUUGCUUUGAAACCUUCCAAUCCAUUACUCUAUGUUUGUUCAGGGGCUGGUUUUUAUGGACCUCCUUUACGAAUUGGCACAUCCUCCGAGUUACCAAUUAUUCAUAUCAAUUACUAA